UCGUUGAAAAGUAGUCCCAUUUGGAGGAACUUCAUCUUCAAAAGGGUGCGUUGCUCUGCAGCCGCCUCUUUCCUGAGCCAUUAUCUUUCUUCUACGACCCCACUUUCUCCGCCAUUAAAACCCUGCUUCACGUUUAACAAUACCCUUUGCUUUUCCCUUCAUUUCUUGACAAACCCCAUUUCUUUUCCCCCAAGUUUCCUAGUGUUCUUAUUUCCCUUUUGGGGGUUUUUUCUUUUGAAUUGAGUUCUAAUGGAGGAUCGGUUCGAGCCAUUGAAGGACCUUGGCUCUGGAAAUUUUGGAGUUGCUAGGCUCGUUCGAGACAAGAAGACGAACGAGCUUGUUGCUGUUAAGUACAUUGAGAGAGGGAAGAAGAUUGAUGAGAAAGUUCAAAGGGAAAUCAUUAAUCAUCGAUCGUUGCAGCAUCCGAACAUUAUCAGAUUCAAGGAGGUCUUCUUAACCCCAACUCAUUUGGCCAUUGUCAUGGAAUAUGCAGCUGGUGGUGAACUUUUCGGAAGAAUAUGCAGCGCUGGUCGAUUUAGUGAAGACGAGGCAAGAUUUUUCUUCCAGCAGCUAAUAUCCGGAGUCAGCUACUGCCAUUCCAUGCAAAUUUGUCACAGGGAUCUGAAACUCGAAAACACACUCUUGGAUGGAAGUCCUACACCACAACUUAAGAUAUGUGACUUUGGUUACUCAAAGGUUGAUAAUCUAUCAUCCAACAAGCUCGAAUCUGUUUCGUUCUGUCAUAUAUUCAGUCUUUUUUGCUUGUUCGAUCCGUUGCAGUCUGGCUUGUUACACUCGCAACCGAAAUCGACCGUUGGGACGCCUGCAUAUAUCGCUCCGGAGGUUCUAUCACGGAAGGAGUACGAUGGCAAGAUAUCAGAUGUUUGGUCAUGUGGAGUUACAUUGUAUGUGAUGUUGGUCGGAGCGUAUCCGUUCGAAGAUCCCGAAGAUCCAAGAAAUUUUCGUAAGACGAUAGCGAGAAUAUUGAGUGUUCAAUACUCCAUACCCGAUUACGUACGUGUAUCCGUGGAGUGUCGCAACCUACUCUCUCGCAUAUUCGUUGCCAACCCCGCAAAGAGGAUCACUAUCCAAGAGAUAAAGCAGCUGCCAUGGUUUUUCAAGAACUUGCCAAAGGAACUGAUUGAGAUUGAGAAAACGAACUUCAAACGACAAGAACACAACCAGCUGUCGCAGAGCGUCGAGGAAAUCAUGCAGAUUGUUCGGGAAGCAAUGACGCCUGGGGAAGGAUCCAAGGUUGGGGACCAAGCGUUGGCCGGAGGGUCGGGGCUCGACGAUCUCGACGCCGAUAUCGAUUCUGAAAUCGAUGUCAGUGGUGACUAUGUAACUGCUGUUUGAGAAUGGUAUGAUUAUGAAAAAACAAGCAUAAAAUGGUGUCAAAAUCACAUUGUAAAGAGAGAAUAGAAAGCCAUGGAACAUUGUGCAAAAUGUUCAUUGUAUCAACAAUAACAUAGUCCAUUUUUUGUUG